CGACGAAGAAGAAGAAGAAAUUAAAAACCAAAGAAGAAGAGCAUCGUAUUUAGACAUGAAUGAACGCGUUUAUUUAAUAACGUCUGAAUCUUUCUUUGAGUCGUCUUCUUACUCUUCUGAGGGGACAACGUCUUAAAAAAAGCAUUUUAUGUUCAGAAAUGGAGAAAAGCUUCCGCCAGUGGAAGAAACAGUGUCUGAAUAAACUGGACCAGAGUAAGAAAGGCAGCGUAGACAGAGACAUCGAGCAUGUCGUGUCUCUGCUGAACAGCCGUGAGGAGUUUUUCACCACCAGCUCCUGCUCCGGCAGAACCAUCCUCAUUGACGGGGCUCCAGACAGCAGUGAUAUCCAGAAACAAAACUGUGCCUGGCUGUUUGUCUCACACCACAAGUGCACCCUUGACGACCUGAUGUCUGGACUGAGAAGGGCCAAUGGAGAUGCUGUGCUGAAGUUUGAGCCUGCCGUGCUGCAUGUUCAGUGCAGGAGACUGGAAGAUGCACAGCUGCUGCACUCAGUGGCUGUCAACUCAGGCUUCAGGAACUCUGGACUCACUGUUGGAAAGAUGGGAAAGAUCAUCUCGGCUGUCCGUAGCACCCACGGUCUGGAGGUUCCUCUAACGCACAACGGGAAGCUUCUCGUUGAUCAUCAGUACAUCCACUUUUUAACACAAACAGCCAAUCAGAAGAUGGAGGAGAACCUUAAACGUAUCCACAGGUUCUACCAGAAUCUCCAGUCAGCCUUGUCAGCUGAGAAACUUCCCAUCUCAGAUCAGCUCGGCUCACUGGAGCUGCAACAUCCUCAAAAGAUGCCAGAGGGGGAAAAGGAGGAGAGCAACAAGAACGUGUAUACACGGAGGAGGAGGAGACUACACGAAACGGACCCUAACGAUGAAGAGUGUAACGGCAGCCAGCCGGAGCUUGGUGACUGUCUCAGUUUGUUCACUUAAACGUGCCACUCUUCACACGUCAUGGACUCAAAAUAAGAGUUUGUUUUUAAAAUAGUGCCGUGUACCAACCUGCUGAGCUGUCAGAUCUGUGAAAUGUAGACCUAUUUGUACUAGACUGGGCUCUAUUUCUUCUGCUCAUUAGCCAGUAAUAAAAGUUCAUAUCUUUC